GUCUGGGCCACGGGCGCGCGUACGUGCAGCCGCUAUAAGGGCGCCCGGGCGCACGCUCAGCUCCGCGCGCCCCUCCGGCCCCGACCUGCGGCAGCGGCGGCAUCUGCGCGCGCUGCACCAUGACAGAUCAGGCCUUUGUGACGCUGACUACCAACGAUGCCUAUGCACGGGGAUGCCUAGUCCUGGGCUCCUCUCUGAGGCAGCAUGGGACCACCCGCAAGCUGGUGGUGCUGGCCACGCCGCAGCUCUCAGAGGCCAUGAGAAAAGCUCUGGAGACGAUCUUUGAUGAAGUCAUCAUGGUGGACGUCUUGGACAGUGGGGAUUCUGCUCAUCUGACCUUAAUGAAGAGGCCUGAAUUGGGGGUAACAUUGACUAAGCUCCACUGCUGGUCCUUGACACAGUACUCCAAGUGUGUGUUCAUGGAUGCAGACACCCUGGUCCUGACGAAUAUUGAUGACCUUUUUGAGAGAGAAGAAUUAUCCGCAGCCCCUGACCCUGGCUGGCCUGACUGUUUCAACUCUGGAGUCUUUGUAUAUCAACCUUCCAUGGAUACGUACCACCAGCUGCUGCACUUUGCUUCUGAGCGAGGGAGUUUUGAUGGUGGGGACCAGGGCUUACUGAACACAUUUUUUAGCAACUGGGCGACCACAGAUAUCCGGAAACACCUGCCUUUUCUCUAUAACCUCAGCAGCAUUUCCAUCUACUCCUACCUCCCGGCCUUUAAAGCGUUUGGUGCAAAUGCCAAAGUAGUGCACUUCCUGGGACGAAUCAAGCCGUGGAAUUAUACCUAUGACCCUAAAACAAAAAGCGUCAGAAGCGAGGGUCAGGACCCCACCAUGGCGCACCCAGAGUUUCUCCAGCUAUGGUGGAAUGUCUUCACCAGCAGUGUCUUGCCUGUGCUUCAGCAGCAUGGUCUUGUUCAAGACCCUUCCACUUACCUGACAGUGCUUUCAGACUUGGUCUAUACACUGGCUUUCUCUUGUGGCUUCUGUAGAAAGGAAGAUGUCUCGGGAGCCAUGUCACACCUGUCCUUGGGGGACUUCUCAGCAGUGGUGCAGCCUUUUGUAUCCUCCGAAGAACGGAAGGAGCGGUGGGAACAGGGCCAGGCUGACUAUCUGGGAGAAGACUCCUUCGACAACAUCAAGAGGAAACUUGAUACUUACCUCCAGUAGCAACACUGCCAUGUUCCUAUGGAUACAGCCACUUCACAGGUCCAGAUCCUUAGGAUCUGGAGCUGGGCUGGGAAAGGUCUAUUUCAGUUGCUUGAGGCUUUCACUAAAAUAGUGCUGGUGAGGGUUUUUUGUUGUUUUUUUCUGCAGGACAGCACAGGAGAACUGGGCAAAUAAUGUGAAGGAGCAGGUCUGUGAUGUGGACAGCACUGUACUUUUUCACCCGAAGGUUCGGGAAUCCUCAAGAUACUGACUGCCAACCUGUGUGGUCAGGGAAACAGUCUCAGGCCAUCGAGAGGGCUGCUUCAAUUCUCAGUCUGUGCCAAGUCAAGUGUUCACACAGGCUCCCUGCAGAAUGGGACAGGGAUUCUAUCUCUUGCUUGCUUGUGCCCUUCACUAGGCCUGCCUUUUAGAGCAGCCCAGGGGCUGUAGAGGGAUUGCACUUAACUCUCUCAGGUAAACACAGCCAAUUAGAUUGCUGAGUGAGUCAAACACUUUACACCAACCAAUGGCAUUAACCCAUUUUGUUUUCUGGGUCCUACUGGCUGGGAAAUGUUCUCCAGUUUCUUUGUAUAAGGCAGCAUGCUACAAUGCUUUUGUUCAGUAUUGACAUCUGAAAAUAGCAGUGUGUUUUCUGUGCGGUACUUGCAAUGGCACCUUUCUGAAAAAUAAACUUAUUGCCAUA